CGGCGCCCGCGGGGGCACCCAGGGGCGGGGGCGGGGGUGAGGGCGGCGGCGGCGGGGGCAGGCUGCCCGCGGCGGGGGCGGCCCACGCCUCCCCGGGACCGGGACCGCCGCGGCCGCCGUCUCCGCGAUGCCGCUGCUGGUGGAGGGGCGGCGAGUGCAGCUGCCGCAGUCCGCCACGGACCUCGUCCGAGCCCACCCGCUGCUGGAGGAAAGAGCCAGACUCCUCAGAGGUCAGUCUGUUCAACAAGUGGGACCCCAGGGCCUUCUGUAUGUUCAGCAGAGAGAGCUUGCAGUGACCUCCCCAAAGGAUGGCUCCAUCUCCAUUCUGGGUUCUGAUGAUGCCACCACUUGCCACAUUGUGGUCCUGAGGCACACAGGUAAUGGGGCUACCUGCUUGACACAUUGUGAUGGAUCUGACACCAAAGCUGAGGUCCCCUUGAUCAUGAACUCCAUAAAAUCCUUUUCUGACCACGCUCAAUGUGGAAGGCUGGAAGUGCACCUCGUGGGCGGCUUCAGUGACGAUAGGCAGUUGUCACAAAAACUUACUCAUCAACUUCUUAGUGAAUUUGACAGACAAGAUGAUGACAUUCACUUAAUGACAUUAUGUGUGACAGAAUUAAAUGACCGGGAAGAAAACGAAAACCACUUUCCAAUCAUUUAUGGCAUUGCUGUCAACGUGAAAACGGCAGAGAUCUACAGAGCCUCCUUCCAGGAUCGCGGUCCCGAGGAGGAGCUGCGCGCUGCCCGAGCUUUAACAGGAGGACCAAUGGUUAGUAUUUACGAUGCAAAGACAGAACAACUUCGUAUAGGACCGUAUUCCUGGGUGCCAUUUCCACAUGUGGAUUUCUGGUUGCAGCAAGAUGAUAAGCAAAUACUAGAGCUAUUACUAUCCAGUCAUCUUCCCCAGAGGAAUAAAAUAAAGAAACCUACCAUGCAUGAUGUGCUGGGUAAGGACUACUUUGGUUACCCUGCGUCCUCUCCCCCUCUUAGCAGCACUCCAAUGACUUUCUGGGAAAUCACCCCAAUCUCCUUUAUUAGACCACAGCUUUGGGCAGAGGAGAUACCACCACCGGCUCCAGAGGUGGGCAAAUAACCUAAACUACAUUUCCCUGGCUACAGUGAUUGGUUAGAUAUUUUUCCUUGGGCUUCUGACCUACUGGACACAAACUGGAAAAAAGGCUGGAGCUGCUGCAGCUACUCUGGACCAUAACGAGAAAGUCUAUCUAUAGAUGAGCCAACACAAAAGAUAUUAAACCAAGUGAUUGAUGGUGGUGGUGUGGGAGAGGAGAGAAUGACACACUGACUCCUGAUUGAUGAUGUGCCUAAAGCCAAUCCUAACACUGUUUUGUUGUUAGUUAUAUGAACCAAUAAAAUCUCUUCUCACUUAAGCCAAUUUGGGUUUUCUUGUUAUUUGCAACCCAAAGAGGCCUUAGUGAAAAAUGUCAUGACAAAGUGAGAACGGGGAUGUCCACUCCUCAUGAGCAUGGUAUACAGACCACUCAUGGAGCCAGUCCCACCUUCCACUCACCCCUCCACAUGGAGCCAUAUGCCAUACUGCUCACAGAGUUCUUUCAAACGCCCAAUCUUAUCUGUGUGUCCUACCGCUGCAGUUCCUAGGAUAAAGCACACACACAAAAAGAUACUAAAAGGAACAAAUAUUUUCUGGGUCUUUAAAGCAUGAUUAUAUACAUUAUACCCCUGUGACUGAACAUUGUAUCUGUUUUAUUAAGAUUUUCUUGUCUAGCCAGUUUGGCUUAGUGGACAGAGCGUCAGCCUGCGGACUGAAGGAUCCUGGGUUCCAUUCUGGUCAAAGGCACAUGCUGGGGUUUCCAGCUCGAUCCCCAGUAGGAGUGUGCAGGAGGCAGCCAAUCAUGAUCCUCAACAUUGAUGUUUCUAUCUCUCUCUCCCUCUCCCUUCCUCUCUGAAAUCAACAAAAAUGUAUUUUUUUUUUUUAAAGAACUUUGUGGACUGGCUUAAAAUCAACUUUUGCAAAUUGAUGAUUCAAGUUUUGAAGAGUAUGUAUUCUUUAUUAUAUGUAUCUAUAAAAAAGCUUGUAAAUUGUGUUAUUUAAAUCCCCUAUAUACUUAAUUUUCUAUAUACAUGGUUUGUUGUUUCAUGAGAAGUAUAUUGAAGCCUCCAACCAAGAUUGUAGGCUUGCCAAUUUAUACUUAUAUUCUAUCAACUUUUCCUUUAGUCUAUCUUUAUAUAUUCCAAAGUUAUGUUCAUAAGUUUCAUAACUGUUAUCUCUUAAAUUAUAUAAAUUAAAAUUAAUAUGAAGUCUACUUUAUCUCACACUAACACUGCUUAAGUACUUUUGUUCUGUUAGCAUUUGCCCCAGAAUAGUCUGUUCUACCCUAACUUUUU